ACACCUCAUCUUCCAACAAUACAAGGGUCAAAGUUUCUUCUUUCUUCAUGUCAGGAAGACAGUAACGACCCAUCAGAAGCAAACAGCUCCGCGGCUGUCGCUCAUACGUUGCUUACGGCUGAUAUCCCAGCAGGUAUGGAGAAGCACCCCUCUAAUAGGUCCAACCACAGAUCCAGAACAACGCUACGGAAAGAGGGGGAGAAUGGAGUGCCGGUGCCUUCAAGAAGCCAACGUCAGAGGCCGGCAAAGGCGGGUCGCCACACCGGAGCGCCGUCGGUCAGGAAGGAGAAGAGGCAGAUGGAGAAGCCAGACACAAACCAGGAGAGAAUGGAGGAAGAGAAGGAGGCAGAGGUGAAAUUAAAAUCUACUGUGGUGGACAUAGACCGGGUCAGAGAUGAGGAGGUCCAGGAGGAGAACCUCGGGCUGUUGGAAGCAGCGGAGCAGGACGACGGUCUAAAGCGCAAGAGCCUGGGAGCGUUUGAGUGGCUGCUGAUGGUGUUUGCCUUGACUCUGGUUCUCCUCUUCCUUCCUUUUUCCAUCUGGUUCUGUGUCAAAGUGAUCCGGGAGCAUGAGAGAGCUGUGAUCUUCAGACUUGGUCAUCUAUUGCGGGGAAAACCCAGGGGGCCAGGCCUCCUUUUCUACCUCCCACUUCUUGAUGUCUGUCACAAAGUUGACAUUCGGCUCCGGAUGUUGAAGGUUCCUUCUCACGUGGUGGUGACGAAGGACCUGGCAAGGCCCGAGCUGAGUGCUGUGUGCUAUUACCAGAUAGAGAACGUGGCUCUGUGCAGCGCAGCUCUUUCCAGCCUGACCUCGGUGUUGCAGAGUUUGGUUCAGGCGGCCGUCAGAGACGUUUUCGCCCGGCACGCUUUCAGUCACAUCCUGCUGCAGAGGCGGAGGACCGGAGAGCAGAUCAAGGCAGCUCUGGACUCCGUCACUUGUCGCUGGGGAAUCCGAGUGGAGAGAGUGGACAUAGAUGAGCUCAGCUUUCCUCUGGAGCUACAGCAGAGUCUGGCUACAGAUGCUGAGGCUAAGAGACAACAGCAGCAGGUAAAGGCAUCGGAAAGAGAGACAGCCACCUGGGAAGGCUUCAGGAACUCACUCCGUCAUCUCCACCCUGCCUUGGUCCUCCCCCUCCCUCCAGAUCUCCUCAACAUGAACUCUGACCUGACCUCCCUCCCGCCACCGCCUCCCCCGGCUGAGGAUGAAGACGGAGGGGUGACGAAGGCGGAGCCAGAGACAGACUCACCCAUGAUGUGACAAGCUACACAUUUCACUCACAUUAUAAUCUGAAUAUUUAAGAUGAA